CUAGCGUUAGGUUGUUUGCUUUCUUUGGUUUUUUUCUUUUCCCCUUUUUCUUUACUUCAAAAUUGUCGGAAAGCUGGAUUAUUCAAUAGUCUUCGAAGCGAUGGCUGACCGACUCACUCAGCUACAGGACACGGUAAACCAGCAAGCGGAACACUUUUGUAACAGCAUCGGUAUCCUACAGCAGUGCUCGGUUCCGAGCAAGUUUGCCGGUUUUGAGCGUACCGGAUCCCAAACGCCUCAGCAGCAGGUACACCAGCAGCAACAGCUACCACAGCAGCAGCAACAGCAACAGCAGCCGCAGCAGCAGGAGGACUUCCCUCAACUAUUUUCCACCCUGAUCUCCCGAUGCGCCAAAGACAUCGACACGCUGAUCGAAUCUCUGCCGAGCGAGGAAAGCUCGAUCGAGCUGCAGGUCCAGUCGCUGCAGCGGCUCGAGGCGGAGAACAAGGAGUCGGCCGAAAAGCUGGAAGAGAUCGUGCGCAAGGGCGAGCUGCUGCUGGAGAAAAUUCAGGCCGCGCUCAGUGAUAUAGCCCAGUCCCAGCUGGACAUGCAGUAUUCGUCGUGAAAACCCGCCCCGGGGGCUACAUGCGGGACAAGUUUGUACUUUCCAUCGUCGCAACGUUGAUGAGCGCUGGCCCCAAGCGUGGAGGGUGAGGUUGUGAUCUACCGUGAGGUUUGUGUGUGUGUGUGUGUGAUGCGCUGAUGGAGUCCUAGAGAAAUCGAGAAAAUCCCAGAAGAUGGGCACCAUUUAGCCAAAUGUUUGACCGGUGGGUAUCAUUCUCUGUAUGAUCUCCUCCACCCUCCCCCAAUGUGUUUGCGCGUGUGUAUGUGUUUUCUGUUUAAAAUGCUCGCAUCCCAAGCGUCGCGUAUUAAUGAAGCAAAUAAAGUAUCAUUGAUUUACACAA